AUGAAGAAAUUCUUCGGCCUCAGGGGCAACGCCCUGAACUAUGCUGUCGGCAUCAUUGCAGGCUGCGACUUCCUGCUUUUCGGAUACGAUCAAGGUGUCAUGGGUGGUAUCUUGACCCUGCCCGUCUUCCUCGCGCAGUUCCCCGACAUCGACCCGGCUGCCGGCCCAGACUCUGCUACCCGCUCCACUUACCAAGGCAUCGCCGUAGCAUCGUACAAUUUGGGAUGCUUCCUCGGCGCAGUCAUCGCCAUCUUCAUCAGCAAUCCCCUCGGUCGCAAGAAAAUGAUCAUGCUGGGAACCUCCAUCAUGCUUGUUGGCGCCAUCCUCCAGGCUUCUGCAUUCUCCCUUGACCACUUCAUCAUCGGCAGGAUCAUCACUGGUCUAGGAAACGGGGGCAACACCUCCACCGUCCCCACCUGGCAGUCCGAGACGUCCCAUGCUCACAAGCGCGGCAAGCUCGUCAUGGUUGAGGGUGCCCUGAUUACAGGCGGUAUCAUGAUAUCAUACUGGAUCGAUCUGGGGCUUUCCUUUGCCCCCGGCUCCGUGGCCUGGCGAUUCCCGCUGGCCUUUCAGAUCGUCUUCUGUAUUUUUAUUCUCGCCUUCAUAUGGGGUCUUCCCGAAUCUCCUCGGUGGCUUAUCCUCAAGGGGCGUGAGGACGAUGCCCGGGAGGUCCUCGCCGCCUUGAACGACGUGGACGUCAACGACAAGAUCAUCCACAGCGAGUUCAACGAGAUCAAGGACACGGUUCUCGAGAUGUCCAAGGGCACGUUCGCCGAUCUGUUCACAAUGGGCAAGGACCGCAAUCUGCACCGCACGCUGCUCGCCUAUAUCAACCAAAUGUUCCAGCAGAUCUCGGGCAUCAACCUCAUCACGUACUACGCGGCCGUUAUCUACAGCAAACUUGGCAUGUCCGACUUCAUGUCCCGUCUCCUUGCCGCCCUCAACGGCACAGAAUAUUUCCUCGCCUCCUGGCCAGCGGUCUUCCUCGUGGAGCGCGUCGGCCGCAGGAAGCUCAUGCUCUUCGGCGCAGUGGGCCAGGCGGCCACCAUGGCGAUCCUGGCGGGCGUGAACUCGGAAUCCGAAAAGGGCAGCAAGGGCGCCGGGAUCGCGGGCAUCGUCUUCCUCUUCGUCUUCAACUCCUUCUUCGCGGUCGGCUGGCUCGGCAUGACCUGGCUGUACCCGGCCGAGAUCGUGCCGCUGCGCAUCCGCGCGCCAGCCAACGCUCUCUCGACGUCCGGCAACUGGAUCUUCAACUUCAUGGUUGUCAUGAUCACCCCCGUCGCCUUCGACACCAUCGGCUACCAGACCUACAUCAUCUUCGCCGUCAUUAAUGCGUUCAUGGUGCCCUCGGUUUACUUCUUCUACCCGGAGACAGCCUACCGCAGCCUCGAGGAGAUGGACAGCAUCUUCCACAAGGUCUCGCCGGGCUGGAAGGGCGUCUUCCAGGCCGUGCACCAGGCGAAGGUCGAGCCGAGGCGCUACGGCAAGAACGGCGAGCUGCUGGUCGACUAUUCCGACACCGAGGAGGGGCGUGCCCACGGUCGUGGCCAGCCACGGCCCAGCGACGAGGAGAAGGGUGGUGCUGGCCAUGGGGAUACUGGCUCGUCGUCCCAGGGAGGGAUUGGCGUGCUGGUGCAGCAUGAUGAGGAGAAGAUGGCCUAG